UUGACAUCUGCACACUUGGUUUGUGGAUGGGAAACAGAAAAAAAAUUCUGCAUAUAUUUCUGAAAAACAGAUGGGUUGGCUUCAUUGCCUUCUGGCCUCAAAGGGGUCACAUCCUUUCUUGGCCCAUGUGAGUGAACGAGCACUGCAUUGCAGCUGAGGUGGGGGGCAGCAGACAUGGGCUACUGCUGAAGUGUUGUUUUCUAGAUUCCAGUUCCUCCUCUAGAUCACCGACAGGUGUUUUUUAUUCUGUCCCUUUAAUCCAUCUCCUAUUGCAAACAUUCCCCGAAUUUAAUAACUUAGCUGGAAGACAAUUGCUGUGAUCUUGACAGAACAUGCUGAGUCAAUCUAUUUUAACUGCAGAUUUGGUUUGCAGAUAAUGUCUCCUUGCCGAUAAGGUUCAGGUGUCAUCUUUGUGGACAUUGGCAGGGAUUUGCUUGACCGUGACAGCUUUUACGGAGUCUGGCAAUUAAGUUGUCAAGUUGCAUUUUCCUCUGACAGGCAGCAUUAAUUGAUGAUAGACUUGGCUUCAAUAAGCACUGAGAAAGAUGGAUAUGGUGAUCAGGAUGAAUAGAGAGCCUUGUACUUGAGAGCUGUGUUGGUCCAAAGCUCUGGAGUCCUUGACACUUGGUGUUGUUGAGAUAAGGGACAGGGCAGGAGAUAUCUAGGCUGAAUUUCGGGGAAGUAACGAAAGCAAGAUAUAUGAAUAGAGACCUCUGUAACAUCACUAGGCAUCAACAUAGCUGGAAAUGUUGGUAUCUGGGGAGACUUUAACUUUGUAGAUGCACACUGCAAACUACUAAUGUUAGCAGAGCUCCUGGAUAUGAGGACCAAACAGAAUUUUUGAUUAAGUAAUCCCCCAAAUCAUGUUAUUGUGGAUUUGCUUUUCAAGUGAGAAGGGUGUUGAUGUCCUCCUCUUAGAAAAAUAAUACUGGGAUGAUUCAACCUGAGCUCACUCUGUUUAAAUCAUGCCAAAAAUAGAUCUGUAAAUAAGGAUUUUUACUACUGAGUACAGAAUAUGAAAGAUUAAAACUUAAAAACUUGGAAAAUCUAGGAUCCCAACUGAGGAGACUUGUUUUGAGACCAAUCUAUAGAAUUGACAAAAAUCUGCUUAAAUAAAGGAGAAAAACAUGUUCAGGACUGAUCUAAGCUGUGUUACUUUAAUGCUGGGCAAACCUUCAGUUGAAGCUUGAAGAAAACAAGACAUGAAGUGUAAAGGAAUGAUUAAUGUACACUAUGAAUGUGCCGGAAGGUAAUCGUGUAUGGGCUAAUAUCAAUCUUUACAAAGUUGGCUGACUUCCUAGAUAAAGGAAGUACAGUAGAUCUAGUCUAUCCAGACAGCAAAAGCGUUUGACCUGUUACCCUGUGGGAUGGUGUCAUUUAGGCUUGGCGAGGUGGGUCAGGAACGGGCAACGGGGGAGGUGGUAGUGUGUGAACAGAGGGUACCACAGGAGUUAUCAGUGAACAGCCAAAAAGAUGGAUUUGGGACCAAACUUCAUGGUUUUGUUCCUUGCCUUAAUACAGAGAAAGUUGGUACAUGGAGUAGAUCUCUGCUGAGUUUUUUUUUAAAGGCAGAAGAACAGGAUUUCUCCCAGAGAGAAUGGGGUAACCUUCUGGGCUGCAAGUGCCUGGGCUCAAACUGACAUGGAAUGUAGCGAUGAAGAGUGCAAAAUCAUGCUCCAAGGUGAAAUAAUGAGAGUUUUGGCUACCAGCUAGGAGCUUGGUCGAAAACUACAGCGGAGGAGAAAAACCUAAUUGCAUUUAUUCAGUCGUAGGGUAAAUGAGAGCCUUCAAUGUGCUGGGGCAGAUCCGGGAGUGGAGGGGCCCUGGCAUGCUCUCCACUUGCUGGCUCCCCUCAAGCCACACAAAAGGCCCCUUCCUGGCAUACGUGCCCACGUCAAUCAUUAGCUAGAAAUCCAGAGCUGGGUAAAUACAUUUUGGUUUCCCAUGCUGAUGACAGAUUGGGUGUUACAUCAUAAGGUGGGACCAUUUGAUAUGACAGUUCGCUAUAUAUUCCCACUCCUACCUGUGCCCUUCCUCUCCCACACCGAGAGCGAGUGGGCUGUAGUGGCACUGCUGCUGUCUGCCAUGAAGACCACCGGGCUCUUUGUGAGAGCGGCUGUAGCCCUCUGCUGCUUCUUAGAUAUUACCUUUGGAAUUGAGGUUGACUGCAGCCAGUAUUCCAGCAGCAUCAGCAAGGAUGGGACCCUCUGGGUGGCCUGCCCAAGGAACCUGCAGCCAGUCUGCGGCACCGAUGGCUCCACGUACAGCAACGAGUGUGGGAUCUGCCUCCACAACAGGGAGCACAGGACAAACAUUGAGAAGGACUAUGAUGGAGAGUGCAGGCCAGAUCAUGUUACGAUUGAUUGCGCCAAAUACAGACAAACUGCAAAAGGUGGUAGUGUCCUGGUAGCCUGCCCAAGGAUUCUGCAACCAGUCUGUGGCUCAGAUAGCUUCACUUAUGACAACGAAUGUGGGAUUUGCGCCUAUAACGCAGAACAUCACACCAACAUUACCAAAAUGCAUGAUGGAGAAUGCAAGCUGGAUAUUGUCUCAAUUGACUGCGGUAAAUACCCAUCAACAGUCGCUGAAGAUGGCAGAAAAUUAAUAGCCUGUCCAAGGAUCCUGAAUCCGGUUUGUGGCACAGAUGGCUUCACGUAUGAUAACGAGUGCGGGAUCUGCGCCCACAACGUAGAGCAGAGGACCCAUGUCAGCAAGAAGCACAACGGAAAAUGCAAGCAGGAGGUUCCUGAUAUUGACUGCAGUCAAUACCCAGCAAGAACAUUUAAUGGUGGUAAACGUAUGGUACGCUGCCCACGGAUCCUGCUCCCAGUCUGUGGCACAGACGGAUUUACUUAUGACAACGAGUGUGGCAUCUGUGCCCAUAACGUACAAUAUGGGACUGACGUUAGGAAAAACCACGAUGGACGAUGCAAGGAGAAGAGCGUUCCACUUGAUUGCUCUGCAUACCUGAGAGAUACCCCAAGCGGCGAAGCCAUUGCAGCCUGCCCCUUCGUCCUGCAGGAGGUCUGUGGGACCGAUGGUGUCACCUACAGCAACGACUGCGCGCUGUGUGCCCACAACAUUGAAUUUCGAACCAGCGUUGCCAAGAGGCAUGAUGGAAGGUGUGUAGAGGAAGUUCCCCAGCUUGACUGCAGCAAGUACCCAACUUCCACGCUGAAGGAUGGCAGACAGCUGAUGGCCUGCACCAUGAUCUACGAUCCCGUCUGUGCUACUAACGGUGUCACUUAUGCCAGCGAGUGCACACUGUGUUCCCACAACCUGGAGCAUCGGACCAAUCUUGGCAAAAGAAAGAAUGGACGCUGUGAAGAGGAUGUUACAAAAGAUUUUUGCCGUGGCUUCACAGAAAUCUCUCCCAUCUGCACCAUGGAAUAUAUGCCCCACUGUGGCUCUGAUGGCAUAACAUACAGCAACAAAUGCACUUUCUGCAAUGCAUACCUGACGAGCAACAGGACUCUCAACCUCAUGAGCAGGUCCUCAUGCUAACUCUGCAGUGGAGUCCAGCACAGGAAGACAAACUGCCUUGCACAUGACUUUUCAUGGGCUGAUCUUCCCCAACAGCUUUCCUUCAGCUUGUUUUGUCUCCUUAAGCUCCUGAAACACGUUUUGGUCAAUAAACUCACUUGGCAACA